GUGGGUGGUACCUGCAUGAGGUCGAGAAUAUUUCAAAUGUCAAGCCUCUGAAAACUUUAAGAGGAGCCAGGAGGCGGGGGCUUUCAAUUUUUUGAAAGGUCUCCUUCCAACACUUCUAUCUAGGAGCCCACGAGGGAGGAAAGGUAAAGCGAAAAGAGCUCUGGGUAUCUUUGACGAAGACGAUGCCAUUGCCAAUGCAUGCAGAUCAUAGCUCUGACGACGAUUACGGUUACGAUCACGAAUCGUCUGACCUUUUACUGGACGAGAAUGGUUUUCCGUUGGUUGAACAAGGCCGUCAGGACGUAGAAGAGGGAAGUUUCGCUGCCGAUUUCUAUCGUUGUGGAACCGAUUGGUCAUGCUUGGGGAGAGAGGACAUGGACAACGACAGAGGCAGGAGCAGAAAACUGAAGCAGGCCAAUCUGUUCCAGAUGUGGGGGCUCAAGAAGCCUCGCCUCCUCCAAGAUGCCUCUUUUCCCACUCCCAAUCGCACCAACAUCCCAAACCCAAAACCCUCUUCCACUAUUAUUUCCAAUCGGCCCCGCGUUUGCCCUUUCUACAAAAAGAUCCCAGGAACACCCUUCACUGUGGAUGCAUUCCGCUACGGUUGUGUUCAAGGAUGCUCUGCCUAUUUCCUUACGCACUUCCACUGUGAUCAUUAUGGCGGCCUCACCAAGGGAUGGUCUCAUGGCCCUAUCUAUUGCACCCCUCUCACUGCUGGCUUGCUCACAUUGUGUCUCUCUGUGAACCCAUUGUUUAUCAACCCUUUGGAAUUAGACAAGGAACAUUCUAUCCAAGGAAUCAAAGUAACAUUGCUAGAAGCUAACCACUGUCCUGGUGCAGCUUUAAUUCACUUUCGUCUUCCUGAUGGAAAAUGCUAUUUGCACACUGGAGACUUCAGGUCUUGUAAACUGAUGCAAACGUAUCCCCUUCUUGUCAACCACCGAGUUAACCUGCUUUACCUGGACACCACAUACUGCAACCCAAGAUACAAGUUCCCUUCCAAAGAAGAUGUAUUAAAUUUUGUUGUCAGGGUCACUAACAACUAUCUCAAAAUGCAACCUAAAACCCUUGUUGUUGUUGGGGCAUAUAGCAUUGGAAAAGAGUGUGUUUAUCUUGCUAUUUCAAAGUCUUUAGGGGUAAAAAUAUUUGCAAAUACCUCAAGGAGAAGGAUUCUGCAGUCCUUUGAUUGGCCUGAGCUUUCGAGCAGUCUCUGCUCAGAUGGAAAGGAUACACUUCUUCAUGUACUGCCCAUAUCAUCACUAAGAAUUGAGACCCUAAAGGAUUACUUGAAGACCUACAGGAAGAAUUAUGCAGCAGUUUUGGCAUUUCGACCAACAGGUUGGACUUACUCAGAGAACAUAGGCAACCAACUUGAUUUGAUAAGACCCAUUUCCAGAGGCAAUGUCACUAUAUAUGGGGUCCCAUAUAGUGAGCACUCUAGUUUCACUGAACUGCGAGAAUUUGUUCAGUUUUUGAGGCCUGACAAGAUAAUCCCUACCGUUAACGUGGGGAAUGCUACUAACCGAGACAAGAUGCAGUCUUACUUCAGGCAGUGGCUCAAGGGCUAAUGUGCUCAUACUGGGAUAAAAGCAAUUUGAACUUGUGCCUACAACCUGCCUUCCCUCUUGCAUCUGGCCAAACAAAUAAUGCAAUCAUUUGGCCAACACAUGAAAUUAUGCAGCUGAUUUGGUGCUCAAUUUUAACGGUUUUGCAGAGGUUAUAAUGGGCAUAAAUUAUUGACCUAUCAGACCGUAGUCAUUCAAUGUGCAGUGAGGAUUUCACCAAAUUGCGGCAGAAGGUUUCACUGGUAACAAGAGGUGGAUUUGGAGCAGGUUUUCUCAUGCAUACGGUCAUUGUCAAACCUCAAGAAUUUCUACAAAGAAAACAUGUGAAAAAUUGCUGAGUCUUUUAUGAUUGUAUCAAUCAUAAUAUCGUUGUGACAAAGAUUGAGAAUGAGUGUUGAGAUAGGAAAUAGGAUUAUUCUUUAUUGUCUUGAAAGUUUGAUGUCAAAAGUCAUUUAUUUAGACAACAUUAAAUCUGGCAUUGCCAUGUUGAUCAGAGAGGCCAUCAUUGAGGCAAAUUAUGCAAUAGCUUCAGUAACAUCUGCCUUGAUAGAUUUACAUGAACAUAAACUGCUUGCACAAAUCUUGAUCAUAAAUAUCAGGUUCUGCACAUAUGGGAAAGCAAAGCAGAGAACAGCCACGGAUUCUCUUUGAUUUGCUACCGUCCAAAAUUUGACAAAACUUGUCACCAAGAUUCUAGUCCAUGUUUUUUUAUUCUUUUACAUGCCCUGUCUGCUAAGCUGGGAAGCUGGCAAAAUGGCAUUGUAGGGAAGGUUUCUCAAUCCUCACAAAUGAUGGGUUUUUUUUGUGCCACAGAGACUAUGAACCUGCGGAUAAAAAUGAAGUAAUCAAGUCAGUUGCAAAAGAAAGCCGCCCCCUUUUUUUCUUCCCAUGGGCUGAGACGUGAAGCAAGGAGCAUGGACCCCCUAACUUCUUUAGCCCAUAAAUAAAAUAAUGGAUUAGAUUCAAAGGACAGCAUCAUUAUACAGUAAAGUAGUGCAAAAAAAGUACAGUCGGGUAUGGAAUUCAGGGUCACUUAAAGUUCUUGCUGCUAGUCUACUACAGAAGAGAAGUGAGCCAACCUAAUAGUUAAUAGUAUGAAAAUGGAGAAGAGAACCAAACUUCAUCCAUACUCUCUCGCCAUAGCCUUUCCUAAAUUUUCUAUUUGACCUCUUGUACAACAGACGAGAAAGAAAAGCCUAUGAGGGAGAGAGUAAGGAAGAAAUCGGGUUCCCAAAACAACUCCUCAACAGCAUUGUUUAACCCUUCCAUCGACUCAUUUCUGCCUCUCAAUUCCCAUGGUCGGGACUCAGGGGAGAAGAGAUGUUGCAGCAGAAGAGGAGGGAAGGAUUGGUGAUGCCCUGGGAGCGUUUAUAUAGGUGCAAGCAAGAUUCAAAUAAAUCCAAAAGCCAUGGAAAGUUACCUCCCUGGAAAUUUCCAGGUGAAUUCCACAGUAUUUCACGACAAACUAGUGAAAACUUGAGGAAGCUUUUCUUUGCUUGAUGCCAAAUAUCCUACCUUAUAGUUUUCAUCGCACCCACAAAAUCCAAGUCCUGUUUUUUAUUUUUUCUUCUUUUCCCCUGUUCAACAGAAGAUGUGUUGCUUGAAAGAAAUGAUCAUAGACAUGCCUCCCUCCUUGAUAUCAUCUUCUUAUCUUGAAAAGGAGCUUUCUUGUUAUGAUUUAGAUUGUUAUUGUAUUCUCCCCCAAGGAAGCACAUCAAACCAAAGAAAGAUCCUCCUCUUCUUAUAUUUUUUCGUUCCUUUCC